AUGUCUAUGCCCAUUCUGUUCAGCGCACGCAAUGCGAAGGGCAAGGCAGCACUGGGCAAGCAAGAGCAGGUCGAGCGUGUUUAUCGCGUUCCUGUAGACGUCGACCAACAAGUCUUCAUAACCGUGCGCGAACAGACAUCGUUCGACCUCGACAAGAAAGUCUGGGAUAGCGGCAUUGGGCUGAGUUCCUGGAUCGUGGAUCUUGCAAAUGAACAGUCCGCUAGUGCACCACCAAUUGUCGACGCCAUGAGAAGAGCCCUAUUCUCCUCCGAGGCCCGACAAAUUCUCGAACUAGAUAAACUGUGGGCAGGCGCUGGUACCGGCAUUGUAUCGCUGGUCCUGGGUGCUCUGCGCUCUGCAAAGGCCCGCUCUGAAUCUGGAUGUAUUCUUACCACCGACUUAGCCUCUGCAAUGCCUCUUUUAAAACACAAUAUAGCCUCCAAUGACAGCUCCUUCACAUGUUCUUCAACACGCCCCAGAGCAGUAGUGCUUGACUGGGACGAGGAGCGGUUCCCAGAAGAGGUAUCGGGCGUCCAACACGGCUUCGAUGUAAUAAUUAUGGCUGAUGUCACAUACAACACAUCUUCGUUCCCAUCGUUGAUUCGUACCCUUGAUAAAAUCAUUCACCUUGGGUCGUCGACCGCCGGGUCAGAUCCUAGACCGCACCAUCCGCUGAUCCUUCUCGGAUACAAGGAACGUGAUCCUAGCGAACGCUCUCUGUGGGAUGUGGCGCAGAACAUUGGUAUCCGGUUUGAACAGGUUGGAGAGCGACGCGGGGCAGGAGGCGAACCUAUCGAAAUAUGGAUAGGGACGGUACAAUAA